AUGACGAACAAGCCAGCUCUCACCCAGGAGAACCUCGACAAGAUCCCUAUGUUCCCCCGGGUCCCGUACCCCUCCGGUUCACAAGCCCACCCUUUCGAGGCGCUCCUCCAUGUCCAGCGCUCCCAGCGCCAUCGGCCCCUCGUACAGCGUCGAUGUUGCUCAGAUUGGUGUCCCCGUCACGACUCCGCGUCGCGAGCGUCCCAAGCAGCACAAGCGUUCCCUCACUGGUGGGCUAUGGAGACCGACGAAUCUCCGAUCGGCGACCCCCAAGUGUGGAAGACUGCUCUCAAGGCUGAAGAAGUGGACAAGGAUGACGUCCAGGGCGUCGCCAACACAGUCGUGCGCCAUGUUACGACAACCCUCGCCCGCCAGGCCAUCAACCUCGAUGACCUGGCCGCGUACCAGGCCACUGCCCUCUCAGUGAAAGACAGGCUCAUCAAUCGCUGGAACGAGACCACUUCAUACCACACGAAGCGCGCCCCCAAGCGUGUCUAUUACCUGUCCAUUGAGUGGCUCAUGGGCCGCUCCCUUGACAAUGCUGUCCUGAACCUCGACGUCAGGAACACGUACGAGACGGCUACGCAAAAGCUUGGCUUCCGUGCUAUCAUGGCAACUUUGAGCCUUCCCGGAUGGGGUUACGGUCUCCGCUACUCGUAUGGAAUUUUCAAGCAGCUCAUCUCGAACACGGGCGAACAGCUUGAGGCUCCAGACCCGUGGCUUGACCGCGAGAACCCCUGGGAGAUUUCUCGCUUGGAUGUCUCCUACCCUGUACGUUUCUACGGCAACGUUGAGGCUGUGCCCAACACCGACCGAGCGGUGUGGUCUGGCGGCAUGGAGUGCUUGGCCGUCGCAUACGAUGUUCCUGUACCGGGUUUUGCGACCAAGAACACGGCCAACCUGCGUCUCUGGUCCGCCAAGCCCAUCCAAGGCUUUGAUCUCAACUCGUUCAACGCCGGAAACUAUGAAGCGUCUGUUCAGAGCAGCUCUGAGGCCGAGAACAUUACACGCGUUCUGUAUCCGAACGACAACAUGUAUGCUGGCAAGGAACUCCGCCUCAAGCAGCAGUACCUCUGCUUCCGGAUGAACGACACCCACCCGACCAUUGCGAUCGUGGAGCUCAUGCGCAUCCUCAUCGAUGAAGAAGAGGUUCCCUAUGACGUUGCCUGGAAGAUCACCACCAAGGUGUUCGCGUACACCAACCACACCGUGCUUCCCGAGGCCCUGGAAAAGUGGCCCGUGGCUCUCUUUGAGAACCUCCUUCCCCGCCACUUGCAGAUCAUCUACACGAUUAACAUGAACUUCCUCAACGACGUCGCCAAGCGCUUCCCUGGCGACAUCGAUCGCAUCAGGCGCAUGUCGAUCAUCGAGGAGGGUAACGGGAAGUUCGUCCGCAUGGCCCACCUUGCUAUCGUCGGAUCGUUCAAGGUCAAUGGUGUCGCCGAGCUGCACAGUCAGCUCCUUCAGGCUACCAUCUUCCGCGACUUCGUCGAGUACAAGGGCCGCGACUUUUUCACCAACGUCACCAACGGCAUCACCCCUCGUCGUUGGCUGCUGCAGUGCAACCCCAGCCUCGCUCAACUGAUCACCGACACCCUGGGCUCCGAGCACUGGCUGGUUAACUUGAAGCAGAUCCAGCAGCUACUGCCCAUGGCCGAUAACAAGGAGUUCCGUGACGUGUUCCGUAACAUCAAGAUCGAGAACAAGCUUCGUCUUGCCCACGUACUCCAGUCUGACCUGGGCAUCGAUGUCGACGUCGACAGCAUGUUCACUUGCCAGAUCAAGCGUCUUCACGAGUACAAGCGCCAGACUCUCAACAUCUUCGGUAUCAUUCAUCGCUAUCUCCAGAUUAAGAAGGCGUCGCCCGAAGAGCGCAAGAAGUUUGUCAAGCACACUGCCAUUUUCGCCGGCAAAGCCGCGCCCGGCUACUACAUUGCAAAGCUUGUCAUUCGUCUCAUCGUGAACGUUGCCAAGGUCAUCAACGAGGACCCCGACGUCGGCAAUCUCCUUCGCGUUUGCUUCAUUCCCGACUACAGCGUUUCGAUCGCUGAAGUGUUGAUCCCCGCUGCGGACGUCAGUGUCCAAAUCAGUACUGCCGGCACUGAAGCCUCGGGGACCAGCAACAUGAAGCUCGGCCUGAAUGGUGCCCUUCUCCUCGGUACCGUCGAUGGGGCCAAUAUUGAGAUCGCCGAAGACGUUGGAGAGGAAAACGCCUUCCUGUUUGGUCACCUCGCUCAAGACGUCGAGGCUGUUCGCUACGCCAACUCGUACAAUCAGACCUCUCUGCAGGAGCGCUCUCCGGAGCUCUUCGAAGUGUUCAAGGCCAUCGAGGCGAACAAGUUUGGCGACGGUCACGUCUACGAGCCCCUCCUCAAGACCCAGAUCUGGUCGCUCGAGCCCGACCCCGUUCCCGAAAAGUAA